CUAAUCAUAGCUUUGACUAGAGAAUUUUCAUUUGCUGUUGUUGCGCUUGCCAUUUUCUUUCCAAAUUCCUAACCCAACUAAAAUUUAACUAAUCAUGUUUAACAACCCCCCACUCUCCGUACACUUCCCAACCAACCCCUGAUUCUCUUAAGUCUUAAUCAUAACCUCCUCCGGUUUCUAACUGUUUCCCUCCAUUACCAGACUCAAUAUGUUGGAUGAGACUUGAUAAAUGUUGGUCUAAUUAUCACAAACAAACACACACACACUUGAGAUAUGAAUGAAGACAGAGCAGAGAAGGCGCAUGGUGUCCUGGUGGCCGGAGAGGCAAAUAAUCUCCGGCAAGCAUCUGAGCUAAUGAAGUCCAUUAUCUCUUCCUCUUAUUCCACCAAACUCUUCUCUCACAAAUGGCAGUUGCUUCGAGACAAGCUCCAGCAGCUCAACUCUGCUCUAGAAACUGCAGACAAAUGUGGAAACUCUGGCGAGAAUUCAGUGCUUGUUCAACUCCUACAGUCCUUGGUUUCAACUGCAACUGAGAUACAUGAACUCGUUGACAAGUGUAGCAAUGGGUUGUAUAGUGGUGGGAAGCUCCAAAUGAACCGUGAUCUUGAUGUUGCUGCCUCUGAGCUUGAGCUUCACGCCAACAGUCUCAAUGAAAUCUAUGCUUCUGGAGCUCUGAAACCUGCUGGAGCUCUUGUUGUCUCGCGUCCCGGCGCUGGUACCAGGCGUGAGGAUGUGAAGUUCUACUUAGAGGACCUGCUCACAAAGCUAAAGGUAGGAGAUGCGGAGAUGAAGACUCAAGCCUUGGCCAGCAUUAACGAGAUGCUUCAUGAAGAUGAGAAGCAUGCAAGGAUACUGGUCAUGGAGAUUGCUGACUCUGUUGACGUUCUUGUACGUGUUCUUGAAUCCAAACAAGUUAGCAUUCAAGAGCAAGUAGCAGAGGCCAUUGCAGUGAUUGCCGAGCAAGGUUCUUCUUACAGGGGAAUUCUUCUCAAUGCUGGCAUUCUCUCUCCACUGAUUGAGACUGCAGAUUCUGCAAGUGAAGCAGUGAAAGAAAGAGUGACUAGAGCUCUGAAGAAGAUGACCGAGCAUGCUGACAACUGUUGGUCAGUUUCAGCUCAUGGAGGUGUUACAGUUAUGCUCAAGAUCUUGGCUGAAGUUGGUGCGAGUGUUCAGUUGAUAAGUUCAGCUUGUGGUGUUCUGAGGAACCUCAGUAAGGUCCAUGAGAUCAAGAGAUUCAUGAUGGAGCAUGGACUUGUUUCUCUUCUCAUUAACCUCUUGAGAUCAAAGGAAGAAGGCUCUCAGAUAGAAGCCAUUGAGUUUCUGCAUCAUUUGGCCGUUCAGGAUGGUGCCAUGAAGGAUAAUGUGAUUAAGGGAGGUGUAGUUGAGUCACUACUCAAGAUUCUCAAUCCCAAUUCUCUUCAAUCUUCCAAAGCUAGAGAGGUUGCACUUAGAGCAAUCCAAGGAUUAUGCUUCUCGUCAGUGAAUUCCAUCACUGGCUUAAUUCAUUGUGGAUUCCUUGAUCGAGUUCUCUUCUUUCUAAAGGAUGGUGAGAUUUCUGUACAAGAAUCAGCACUGAAGGCCACCUUUCAUCUAUGUGGGACUUCCCAAGUUGCAGUUAAGAAGGCCAUGGGUGACGCUGGCUUCAUGGAAGAACUUGUGAAGUGGCUUGAGACCAAAUCACCUGAAGCCCAAGAAAUGGCCGCAGAGAUACUCUGUAGUUUGCUUUCCAUACAAAGGAAUCAGAGAAAAUUCAUUAGAGAAGAUCACAACAUCAGAAAGGUAAUCAAAUUACUUUAUCAGGUGGAGGAGAAACCUGCGGUUCUAAAGAAGCAUUUGCUAUCCAUUUUAUUUUUAUUGUCCUGUAGCUAUAAUGGGCAGAGAAAGAUUAUCUCGGCCGGGUAUGUGGAGCAUUUAGAGAAGCUUGCAGAGAACGGUGUGGUUGAUGCCAAGAAGAUUCUUAAGAAGCUGUCAGGUAACAGGUUUCAGAGUAUUUUCAGUGGAUUUUGGAAGUACACAUCAUUAUAGUCUCUAUUACAGUCACAUGUAUGAGAGAGAGAUCAGAAGAACAAUGUAAGCAAUAGAGAAGCUGGGGGAUAUUCCAACA